CGCCUGGAGGAUCAUCGAUCGCAGCACGGCUCAGAGUUGCAGACGACGCCGAGAAGACGAAGAAGAAAAGGAAAGCGGCGGGCACGGGAUGGAGAGCAAGGUGAGGUGCGUGUGGUUUCUCCUGGUGGUUGCGGUGGUGGUGGCCGCCGGGGUGGAGACCGUGCGCGGCGCGGGGGAGUGCGGCCGCGUCCCCGUGGACCAGGUGGCGCUUAAGCUGGCGCCGUGCGCGGCGGCCACGCAGAACCCGCGCGCCGCGGUGCCGCCCAACUGCUGCGCGCAGGUGCGCAGCAUCGGGCGGAACCCCAAGUGCCUGUGCGCCGUCAUGCUGUCGAACACCGCGCGGAGCGCCGGCGUCAAGCCCGCCGUGGCCAUGACCAUCCCCAAGCGCUGCGCCAUCGCCAACCGCCCCAUCGGUUACAAAUGUGGCCCAUACACCCUGCCAUGAGGAGCAAAGGGAUGGAACUGGAAGGGCACUCGAACACUUUGACUAUCCGAUAUAUAUAUAUAUAAACUGAUGUUACCUUUGUCACGUGAAACUUUUCAUAAAUCUUUCUAAAUAACGCAGUUGUAAUGACUCUGUUGAAAUAAAGUACCUUUAUGACUAUCGAAUAGUGGUGCUAUCUAUAAGAGAACAGUUUGAUAAGUUCUGUGAAAUUCAAGGAUGUGACUUCUCCUGGAUCUUUCUGAAUAAUGCAGUUGAUGAUUCUGUUGGAAUAAAAGUACUACUAUUUAUAAGAACAGUUUGCUAAGUUCUUUGAAAUUAAACGAGUACAUGUUUACAAUGCAAGUGAUCUCCACUUCUCCAGCCUUCUUGGCUCCGGAGCGAAGAUCCGAGAGUACAAGGAACAUAUACUUCGAUCUAAGAGAGCCAGACCAAACUGAUCCAAUCUGGUUACUGACCAGAUUUGGCAGAAUGGAUAGGGACCAUUUAUGCAACCUGCGACCUAAAACUUACUGUGCUUGUAAGUUCGAUUCAUUUCACAUCUAAAGCACAAGCUACGAAAUGAAAAGGUAAAGACACACUACAUCUGCCCAGGUGUGAUGAUCCAAAUACUGCCACCACUGAU